UAAUAAUUCGUAGUACUAGAUAUUACUAAAAUGUGAUGACUAUAUAUAAUUAGAUAUUACUAAUAAUUAUGUCUGCGGUAAUAGCUACUAAUUAGCAGGCGUAGUAGUAGUAAUAAUAAUGUAAUAAUAAAAAUUGGUACAUUUACUAUCACUUUGCAUUUAUUUACCUUUUUUUUUCAUUUAUGACUUAAUGUGUUAGGCUUUCGCUGUAUCUUUUUUCCGUAUAGAUUCUUUGAUAAUUCACCCAACGGGGCUUACGUCUAAUCGAUAAGUUUUACGUAACUUGUUCCAAUUGAAUUUUGUUUAUCUUUUGUUUUAAAAAGUGACAGUUCAAAUAUUUUUGAGGAAUUGUGUAAUAUUUUGAUCGAAAAAGUAAAAUGACCGUGAUUCGUGGGAAUAAAAACUACAAUUUCUCGAAACCAUGUUCAUCGACGACAGCCUCAGAUACUGAAUCCUUACAUCUGGAUAGUGCAUCUGCCAGUGAUGCUGAAUCUUACAUUGAGCCCAACAGCUCCAAUAGAAUUUAUCGCCCGCUAUCAGUAAGAUCAGGUUUUGAAGAUGAUGCAGUACACCUUAAAAAGGCUUCUGGGAAGAAGAAAUUGAGAAGAUUUGAAAACAGAUGCCAGUUGCAUACUCUCAGUGAAGAUGACGAAGAUAAUGCAAUGGUUGUAAUGGAAUAUUACAAGAGUCCCUUUGCCAGAUUAUUGGAAGAUGCUGAUGCUAUGAAAUACUGGAAUAUGUUUGUUGAAAAAACAGAGGAAGAGCAGGAAAAUAUUAUAAAUGUUUUUUCUAAACAGUGCAAUAAAUCCGGUGGAACUCAGAUUCUCAAUGAGAUAUCCACUGGAAAAAUAUCUACUAGAUUUAAAAGGUCAUUAAAAAUAAGAAAAAAAUUGUCUAUUGAUGCAAUUAAGUGUUGUGAGGAUAAUCUGUUGAUGUUCUUUAAUUCCAAUACCACUGGCAGUUAUAUAAAGUCCCCAAAUAACAGUUUUGAGAGGUUGUUGAUCAAUGCAAUUGCUCACUACCAUGGUUUGGAAUUUAAAAACAUUCCACCUUCAGGUGCUGGUGAAAAGCGAUCAGUGGAGAUUUUUAAUAAAAAUGAGAACUGGUUACCUGCCAAUUGUUUUUUAACCGACUUCAUUAGACAACUCAGAUGAGAUUUUUUUGUACUAUUGUUUAUUGUAAUAAUUUGAUUUUUAUGUAAUAUUACAUAUUGCACUUUAUGUUGUUCUAAUUAGAUGUUUGUUGAUGUAUGGCUUAAAUGUUUAAUAUAUUUUGAUACAAUUUU